AACCCUAACUGUACAUCGAGACGAAGACACUGUUGGAGCCAAUGGCAACCUACGACUUAACCCCACGGAUCGCUCCGAAUCUCGAUAGGCAUUUGGUGUUUCCGUUGUUGGAGUUCUUGCAAGAGCGUCAGCUAUACCCAGAUGAGCAGAUCUUGAAAGCGAAGAUCGAGCUGUUGAACAAGACGAACAUGGUCGACUACGCCAUGGACAUCCACAAGAGCCUCUACCACACCGAUGAUGUCCCCCAGGACAUGAUCGACAGGAGAGUCGAGGUCGUCGCUCGUCUUAAGGCUUUGGAAGACGCCGCCGCCCCUAUCGUCACUUUCCUGCAGAACCCUAACGAUGUCCUGGAAUUGCGUGCUGAUAAACAGUAUAAUCUCCAGAUGCUCAAUGACCGUUACCGGAUUGGUCCAGAUCAGAUAGAGGCAUUGUAUCAAUAUGCAAAAUUCCAGUUUGAAUGUGGAAACUACUCGGGUGCUGCUGAUUAUUUGUAUCAGUACAGGGCUUUAUGUACUAACAGCGAAAGGAGUUUGAGCGCUUUGUGGGGGAAGCUGGCAGCUGAGAUACUGAUGCAAAACUGGGAUAUUGCUCUUGAAGAACUUAAUCGUUUGAAAGAAAUAAUCGAUUCCAAGAGUUUCUCAUCGCCUUUGAACCAAGUUCAGAGUAGAAUAUGGCUUAUGCAUUGGAGCCUCUUCAUCUUUUUCAACCAUGACAAUGGAAGAACUCAGAUCAUUGACCUGUUUAAUCAAGACAAGUAUCUAAAUGCCAUUCAAACCAGUGCUCCGCAUCUGUUAAGAUACCUAGCCACUGCUUUUAUUGUCAACAAAAGGAGAAGACCUCAAUUCAAAGAAUUUAUCAAAGUUAUCCAGCAAGAUCAAUGCUCUUACAAAGAUCCCAUCACAGAGUUCUUGGCAUGUGUUUAUGUCAACUAUGAAUUUGAUGGAGCACAGAAGAAGAUGAUGGAGUGUGAAGAAGUGAUAUUGAAUGAUCCCUUCCUCGGUAAAAGAAUUGAAGAAAGUAACUUUUCAACUGUGCCAUUGAAAGAUGAGUUUCUUGAGAAUGCCCGUCUAUUUAUCUUCGAGACAUACUGCAGAGUUCAUCAGCGUAUUCAAAUGGGGGUGCUUUCUGAGAAGUUGAAUUUAAAUUAUGAGGAGGGAGAGAGAUGGAUUGUGAAUCUAAUCCGAAACUCAAAGCUCGAUGCCAAGAUUGAUACCGAGAUGGGAACCGUUAUUAUGGAGCCUAAUCAGCCCAACGUUUAUGAGCAGUUGAUAGACCACACCAAGGCUCUCCAAGGACGGACUUACAAGCUAGUCAACCAGCUUCUUGAGCAUGCACAGGCACAGCCUGCUCGAUAAGUUGGAAACGAAGCUCAUCGAAAUUUAUUGCACUUUUUGACUGUUUAUUUCCUAGAGACUAAUUUAAGAGUGAUUAUAGUUUUGAUUGGUACUCUUUUCAAUCUAUGACUACGAAUUGGUUGUACGUUAUGUUUCAGGGUAAUAAAAUUCAGAGGUGCUCUUGUCCUCCUUCUGAUUUCCUUCAUGUUACUGAUAUAACAUGAAGGAUAUGAAAGGGGUUUUAAUGAGGCCUAACUUCUAUCAAAA